GCGGUAAAGCAGCCAGAGUUGGUUCAUCAGCCGGAAUUUACGCUCUAAAGCUUGAAAGAAGUGUCGGUGUUUUGGUAAGGUCCUCCGGAGCCGUCUCAAUGCUCUUGUUUGCUGUCCUCGCUCUGUUCUUACCGGUGUUGUUUAUUUACCGGUUUUAUGUUGUCGUGAAAACGGGACGGCGGCACCAGCCUGGACGAAAAGGCUACGUCUCUGUGUUGGUUGUCGCAGGAUCAGGCGGUCACACCACAGAGAUUUUGCGGCUGUUGGACAGCUUGCCCGCAGCGUAUGCACCGCGACACUACGUCAUUGCUGACACCGACAAGAUGAGUGAGGAGAAAGUCUGCACCUUUGAAAGCUUGAAGCUCCAACCAGACUCUAAGCUGCAGUACACAAUCUGUCGGAUCCCACGCAGCAGAGAGGUGCAUCAGUCCUGGAGCUCCUCUGUUGUCAGCACCCUGAACGCUCUGCGGUAUUCCCUCCCUUUGGUGUUCAGACUGAGACCUGACAUGGUGUUGUGUAACGGCCCGGGGACUUGCGUUCCACUUUGUGCGGCAGCUCUCCUCCUCGGCAUCAUGGGAAUGAAGAAAGUGCUGAUUGUGUACGUCGAAAGCAUUUGCAGAGUGCACUCGCUGUCGCUGACAGGAAAGAUCCUGUAUCGGCUGUCGGACUACUUCUUUGUGCAGUGGUCCUCUCUGAGAGACAAAUACCCCAAGUCUGUUUUUCUGGGGAGAGUAGUAUAACCAAAGUGGAUACAGAUUUGUAAAGAAUAUGUUUAAUAUUUUUAUUUUUGUUACAUUUUUUGAGCAGCUCUGCCUUCUAUCUGUGAGUCAUCUGUUGUUACUUUUGUAUUCUUUAAGGUUUAUAAACAUGAAUCUGCACAAAUAAAGAAUAUUUGACUACAGAGAA